CAUAAGGAAAAUAAAGGUCCCUUCCUCACUUCCUCUUCGAUUAAUCUCUAUCCCCAAAAUUCUUCAUUACUUUGUCUCUCCAAGAAAUUAGAAAGAGCUAAACCUUUUUAAUUAUCUUCACAAAAGUUGCAGCUACUAAAUGCUCCUCCCUUUUAUUUUCCAGCCUCUAAAUUUAUUCAUCACUUUUACACGCUAAUAUAUAGUAGUGCAGACAAGAACUUUUACUUUUUCAUUUCUUAUUUUAUAAAGACAUUUUCUAAUGAAGAAAAUCCCACAGAAAUCUAAGGGGUACAAACAUCAUUGUUGGGUUAUAAUCAAGGCAAGUGAUCGUGCAUUUCUGUUAUGGAUUGUCAUGAGUCACAAUUGAACUACGAGGAAAAAGGAUUAAAGGUGGCAAAAUGGCUAAUUUCUUUUCACUAGACGGAAGAGGAAGUAGCAGCCAAGAUCAACAGCAAGAAAUUAGCAGCAGUCACCACCGUACCGUUAACCCAGUACCCACAGAAAUCAGUGCAGAGAGUUGGUUCUUGUACAGAAAUGAUCAUAAUCAAGAAAUGCCCACUUACAAAGGCUUCGAGCUAUGGCAAAGUACAACUCCUCAGCAUCAACCCGAACAACAACAACAACAACAGUUUCGUCACCCAAUUUAUCCUUUGCAAGAUCUUUAUUCCACUGCUGUUGGAUUAGGUGUAGGGCCCAACCAAAGUGGCUUUGACAUAUUUGCAGGUGAUCAUGAGGCAUCAAGAUCGGGGUUUGUGAUGAUGAGGAGUGGAGGAGGUGGAAUUAGCUGCCAAGAUUGUGGGAACCAAGCUAAGAAAGAUUGUCAACACAUGAGAUGUAGGACUUGCUGCAAGAGUAGAGGGUUACAGUGCCAAACUCAUGUCAAAAGCACUUGGGUUCCAGCCGCUAAACGCAGAGAAAGGCAACAACAACUUUCUGCUUUGCAGCAACAGGAACGACAUGAUCAGUUGCACUUAGAUCAUAAUAAUAAUUAUAAACCUAAAAGGAAAAGAGAGGAUCCAAGUGCUUCCGCUCUUGUUUGUGCUCCUUUACCUUCAAAUACUAAUGGGUUAGAAGUGGGAAAAUUUCCAGCAAAAGUAAGUUCAGCUGCCCUAUUUCAGUGCAUCCAAAUGAGCUCAAUUGAGGACGCUGAGGAUCAGUUAGCAUAUCAGGCCGCUGUGAAUAUUGGGGGCCACGUGUUCAAAGGAAUUCUAUAUGAUCAAGGUCCUGAAAGUCAGUAUAAUAAUAUGGCUGCAGCCGGUGAUACUUCUUCUGGUGGUGGAAGUGGUAGUGCUGGCAUUCCACACCACCAUAACUCCGCUGCCACAGCCAUCGCAAGCGGCGGUGCUGCAGCGGCAGCGGAAGCCUCAAAUUUUCUUGACCCUUCUUUAUUUCCAGCUUCCCUUAGUACUUUCAUGUCAACUGGUACGCAGUUCUUUCCACCUCCAAGAUCUCCUAGAUAAAAGAAAAAAAUCUCAUGACCGAAUUGACAUUGACUUUUUUACUGUAUUAAUGUGACACAGCUAUGCUAGUUUGUAGUUAGAGACGACUCCAGAAUUUGAAUGUUAUGGGUUCGUGUUCAUAUUCAUCACAAACCAUUUGAUUUAAUGGGUUCAAAUUCUAUUA